AGGGAAGCUCUACCUGAUGCUUGCGAUGACAAUGUAGUUCCCUCAAUCAGCACUCCAAAAAUUGAGAUUAAAAUGUCAUCGCUGACUAGUAAUACACUCCCUGCCCAUUUCCUUCUCCACCUUCUCUACAGGAAAAGAUACAGGUAAGCAGACAAACGCCAAGUUGGCCGUAAAACAUUACGAGCACCACCCUCUUUCGGGGUUUAAACUGACGCAGUCCCAGCGACCAGGGAGAGAGAAUCCAGAAGCUCAUCCUUCACCCAAGAAACCUGAGCGAACCUGCGACUGACACGCUGCCAAGCUUCGCAAGACCAGCUCCAUCCAGCAAGUGGCGCUGGGUCCGAGGGGAUGACGGAAAAGUUCACCGACCCGCGCUGCCCUCACCUCUGACCCCGCCGGGAGAAAGGAGAACGGGAUAAGACGGGGGCGAAGGUUCGAGGCAGGGUCCACGCACACAGGUGAAAAUCUAAGGCUCCGGACGCGCAGGCUCAGCGGCCAUGGCUCACGGGCCCAGCGGCUCUGCGACAUGUGGGAUCUUCCCGGAUCGGGACACGAACCCGUGUCCCUGCAUCGGCAGGCGGACUCUCAACCAGUGUGCCACCAGUGAAGCCCCCAGCUUCAUUUUUAAAGAAAUAAUCAACCAUACAAGUAAACCUUGGGAAUUCACACCAUGAACGCAAAAGAAAAAUAACCGAACUCUUUGGUUUCUCAUUAAACAAAAUAAGAUGCCUUACUAAAUGUAUUUAAAACCAGAAUAAAACUUUGGAGACACCUGUUGGGGAAAAUGUUGGCUUAGAAAAUUGACUUUUUUCCAUUGAUUUCAAAUACAUAACAAGCCUGUACUACUAUGAGAAUCUGCCGGGUGCUAUGAAGUCUGCCGUCGGGACUAAGAACCCUAGUCCAGUGGAACCUAAUCUGCGGACAUAGGGCUCCAACGUGGUUGAGAGCGUGUGCAUGAAGUCAUUUGGGCCUAAAUCUGGACCCAGCCCAGCCCAUUUCUCACUAGCAAUUGGACCUUAGAAAAAAAAUCAUGAAAUGUCUUUGAUCCUCGGUUUAGAUUCUUCAUCUGUGAAAUGGAGCUAAGGAGAAUUGUCAAUUUAUUAAUGAAGCAUGGCUUGUGUUGAACAAGACAAGCUGGGUCAAGCAUUUGAAGAUGCUUUUGAAGUACUGAGGCAACAUUCAACUGGUGAUCUUCAGUACUCCUCAGAUUACAGAAAUUACCUGGCUUUCAUCAACCACUGUUCUCAUGUCAGAGGAAAUUCCAACAGCUAUGGUGUGCUGCCCACAGAGGAACCUGUCUACAAUUGGAGAACAGUAAUAAACAGUGCUGCGGACCUCUAUUUUGAAGGAAAUAUUCAUCAGUCUCUGCAGAACAUCCCUGAAAACCAGCUGGUGCAACCUACUCUUCUCCAGCAAAAGGGAGGAAAAGGCAGGAAGAAGCUCCGACUGUUUGAAUACCUUCAUGAAUCCCUGUGUAAUCCCGAGAUGGCAUCUUGUAUUCAAUGGAUAGAUCAAACCAAAGGCAUCUUUCAGUUUGUAUCAAAAAACAAAGAAAAACUUGCCCAACUUUGGGGGAAAAGAAAAGGCAAUCGGAAGACCAUGACUUACCAGAAAAUGGCCAGAGCACUAAGGAAUUAUGGAAGGACUGGGGAAGUCAUCAAAAUCCGGAGAAAGUUAACUUACCAGUUCAGUGAGGCCAUUCUCCAAAGACUGUCUCCAUCUUAUUUCUUGGAAGAAGAGAUCUUCUACUCACAGUGUGUUCAACCUGAUCAAGGAUAUCUCAGUUUAAAUAACUGGAAUGCAAAUUAUAAUUAUACAUAUGCCACUUACCAUGAUCUAAGUCACCCUGAUUGCUAAAUAUACUCUUAUAUAUCAAAAUUUUCUGGCAUCAGAAAUCCCUACAAGUUUUAGGAUUUUUCUCUGAAAACAGAUACUGAAAAACAAAACAAAAAACCCAAACUUCAUUAUUGCUAUCUUUUAUGAAGUAGCAUAUAAUCUAUACUAACUUGGUGAAAAAUUCUGCCAGUGAACAACUUUAAAGAUCAAGUCCCAUUUGAAAAUAUAGACUAAAUGUCCUUCCUUUUACUAUUGUCUAUGUAAUACUUCCUUCUAGAUUAAUAAUGCUAGUGGAGAUGCUUUGAUUUACAUAUUGAUUUAAACAUUAUUUUCCUGUCAUACACUCAGACAAAAAAAAAAAUCAUUCUAACAUGUAUCCAACAGCUUUACAACAAAACAAAAAAUGAUUGCCUGUGAUAGUGUUCCUGCUAAAUUACAUUCAUGGCUUUAAAAAUUUCAGUGACUAAAACUAGAACUACCGUAUGAUCCAGCAAUUCCACUCCUGGGUAUACAUCCAAAGAAAAUGAAAACACUAAUUUGAAAAGAUAUAUGCACCCCAGUGUUCACAGCUGCAUUUUUUUUUGGCCACACUGCACAGCUUGCGGGAUCUCAGUUCCCCGACCAGGGAUUGAACCCAGGCCUCUGCAGUGAAAGCGCAGAAUCCUAACCACUAGACUACCAGGGAACUCCCAUAGCAGCAUUGUUUAUAAUAGCCAAGAUAUGGAAGGCAACCUAAGUGUCCACCACAGAUGAAUGGAUAAAGAAGACGUGGUAUAUAAACACAAUUGAGUACUACACAGCCAUAAAAAAAGAGUGAAAUUUUGUCAUUUGCAACAACAUGGAUGGACCUGGAGGGUAUUAUGCUUAGUGAAAUAAGUCAGGGAGAGAAAGACAAAUACUGUGUGUUGUCAUUUAUAUGUGGAAUCUAAAAAUUGAAACGAAUAUAACAAAAUAGAAACAGACUUAAAGAUAUAGAGAACAAAUUAGUUAUCAGUGGCAGGAAGGAAGGAGGGAGGGGGCAAGAUAGGGGUGGAGUUUUAAAAGGUACAGACUACUAUGUAUAAAAUAAAUAAGAUAACAAGGAUGUAAUGUACAGCACAGGGAAUAUAGCCAAUAUUUUAUAAUAGCUUUGAAUAGAGCAUAAUCUAGAAAAAUAUUGAAUCACUAUGUAGUACACCUAAAACUAAUAUAAUAUUGUACAUCGGAAACUGGUAUUGUAAAUCAACUGUAUUUCUAUAAAAUAAAUACAUAAAAAUCAAAAAGUAAA